AUCCCGGACAAAGAUAGCAACUAGGGGGGAGUGUGGCACGCGCGCUGUGGUGGUGGGAUUUAUGCUCUCUCUCUCUCUCUCUCUCUCUCUGCAAGACAAAGCAGCUAACCUCUUGAGGUGGUGCUGCAAUUUUGCAGCACGAUGUUAAUAAUGCCUGUUGACUCUGAAGUAAGCCCUACUAACUAAAACGGGGCUCACUCCCACGUAAGUGCGAGCGGGGCUUUUGACUGCAGCCUUUGAGGGUUGGUUUAGAGGUGCAAUCCUAACCCUGUCGCCUCGGAAGUUGAGUUCAGUGAGGCUUGCUCCCAGGUAAACGGGGUUAGAAUUGCAGUCUUAGGCUGAGUGCCGCUGUCGGCGCUCAGUGCCCCCGUUGGAAAAGGAAGAGGAAUAUUAACCAGCCUCGGUUCCUAACAAAAGAGGGGGGGAAAUGUUAACUAGUAAAUGCAUAUGCAUAUUAGACACAUAGUGGGGUGCCCUUUCUUAAGUAAUGCCAAGAGGAGAGAGUUUUCAAGGAUAUCUGCGGGUCGCAUUUGAAGGCCAGUCCUUUUACGAUAUUCUUGCAAUUUACCCCUUUUGAACUCCUCUUGGUAGUUCUUAACAGUAUAAUCCUAAACAUGUCUACUGAUUACCUUACUUGAGUUUAAUGGGACUUAUUCUCUGAUAAGUGUGUAUAGGAUUGCAGUUUGAGCGAAUGAGGUAUUUGUUCUACUGGGGGGGGAGAACAGAUCGUUAUUAUACACAUAUUGCCUUUGGAUCCUGCCCUUCCUUCAAAGGCCUCAUAUGGAAGGGAGCUUAAUCCAUUUUGCAUUCACAACAACCCUGGGAGGGUGGUUAGACUGACAGAUACUCGGCAUCAUAACUGAGUAGAUUUGAACCUAGAGCUCACCAGCCACAGAGGUCUGUCAGGUUCCCAUUUCUGCCCCCCAGGGCGUGUGUGUGUGUAUCCUUCAUGCUGCCAUUUUUUAUAUAUGCUCCGGAGUCCUGUGGUUUCCUUGGGGCAUCUUGCUAUGGAGAGUGUACGUUGGGCAUUUUCCUAUCGCGCCUGGGUCCCUUGCCGUGAGGAUUGGUUGCUGGCUAUGCGCCUCAUACAGCCUGAAGAGAGAGAGCGUGUUGGACAGUUUGUCUUCGGCCGGGAUGCCAAGGCUGCUAUGGCUGGUCGUUUGCUGAUAAGAAAAUUAAUUGCAGAAAAACUAAAGAUUCCUUGGAAUGAAAUAAAGUUACAAAGGACUUCAAAAGGGAAACCUGUCCUUGCAAAUGUCUUAAGCAGCACCCAUUCCAGUUUCAGCUUUAAUGUCUCUCAUCAAGGGAAUUAUGCUGUUCUUGCAGCUGAGCCUGACUCUCAAGUUGGCAUUGACGUUAUGGAGACCAGCAUGCCAGGAAGUGGUUCGAUUCCUGACUUCUUUCGUAUUAUGAAACGGCAGUUUACGGAGGAAGAGUGGAGAGUAAUCAUGUCCAUGAAUAAUGAAUGGCUUCAGUUAGAGAUGUUUCAUAGGCAUUGGGCAUUAAAAGAGAGUUUUAUAAAGGCCAUUGGUGUUGGAAUAGGUUUUGACCUUCAAAGGAUUGAAUUUAAUGUAUCCCCAGUGAAGCUGGAAGUAGGGAAAACAUAUAACGAGACAAUUAUGCUCUUGGAUGGCGAAGAAGAAAAGGAAUGGACUUUAGAGGAAACCCGGCUAGACGAUUGUCACCGUGUUGCAGUUGCUCUGGGAAAACCAAGAGAGAAGCCUGCUGUGGUGCUUUCUACUGAUGUGACCCGGACUGCAUUUACAACACUGACUUUUGAUGAUUUAGUUGCCUCUGCUGUGCCUCUUGCACCUGAAGACCCUUCCUACUGGGAUAACUUUUGUUCGAAGCGGGACUCGCCAGCACGCCAGGGUUCUAAUCCAAGAUAAGAGAGGCUGUAUUUGCAAGGAAAGAAGUUGAAAGCAUUCACAAGGGCCACCUGCUGCUCCUUGGCGAACAGUUAAUUUGUGUGUUUGGAGUGGGGAUGUAGAAGCUUUUUGUGUUCUAGUAUUUUGACUAUUUUGUAUGGUAUGAUUACAUUUUUAAUCAGCCUUUGCCAGGAAGGCAGGUUUUAGAAGAGAAAAGCUGUAGAAAAGCUGCUCUUUGGCUGAGUGCAUACAAUUAGGCUGCUGAGUCUUUUUCUUUAUUUUUGUUUAUUUUAUCCAUUUUAUUUUUUUCAAAUAUAACAUGAGGGGGGGAGAGAUUGUCAGUUGGCUUUAACAAUAAAAAAUAUCCCAUCAGUCCCAACUUAAACAUAUAAAUUAAUAUAGUCGGCAUCAGUAUGCUUCUGAAUACCAGUGGCUGGAAACCGCUGGUAGGGAGAGUGCUUUUGCACUCAGGUCCUGCCUUUGGGCUUCCCAUUGCUGCAUCUGGCUGGCCACUGUGAGAACAGGAUGCUGGACUAGAUGGGCCAUUGGCUUGAUCUAGCAGAUCUAACUCUGUUACAUUCUUCUGGUGCAUUCCUCUCUUUCCCCAAGCACCUCCUGUAAUGUUUGCCAUGAGUUCAUCACACCUGUGACUGUUUAUGCAAUGACCUGGUCCAUGUAAUAUCUCCCCGCCCCACUUUGAAGACACACAUCAUACAAAUUGAGCAGUCACACAUUCAAUAAUACCCAAGAAGUCCCUGUGUAGUUACAGUAGGUGCAUAAGGGGAAAGAGUAUGUGCCUGCUCUUCUACUAGACGAAAGGGCAUACGUCAAGUAGUCAAUUAAAGCGUGAACUAGGCCUUUGUUCCCCUGCGAAGUAAUUUCCUAUUUCUGAUGUUGGAAGUUCUUGCAUCUUCAGUUGCCACACCACCAUUACGAAUGAAUGGGAAAAGAUAAUAUAUAGUAAUGUUAAAAAUAUCGUUACCUGUCACCGAGGAAAAAGGGGUCUCUAGUGGCACCCACAAAGCUGAAAUACACACAAGGAGCUAAAGGUGGUGUUAUAUAAAUUAUAAAUGGAUCAGGCAGACUCUGGUCAAAGUCUGGGUAUAUGAAUAACAAAGAGUUGUCUGCACAGGAGCCUCUGACAAAUGCUAGACUUGCAAAAAGUAAAUAGCUCUGCAAUGCAAUAUCUGAACAGAAAGAGCCUCCCCACAUGCUUAUUUUGGUUCAUUAGGGACUGUAUUUUUUCCUCGCCUAUUGUGUAUUUUGACAAUUACAACAACCAACAUUUGUUCAAAGAUUUAGCCUGAAUACACUGAAAAUAGCACUUUCGAGCGAACUCUC